CCGCAGGAGCCCUGGGCGGUGCCAGGCGGGAUCAGGCCCAGGCUGGUUUCGGAUCCGAUGUGAGACAGGUACCUAGGCUGUCAAGAUGCCAGGGCCAAGACCUCGGAGAGGACCCCAGGCCAGUGGCCAGGGUGUGGCAGCUGCAAAGCAGUUGGGGCUCUUUGUGGAGUUCAGCCCUGAGGACAUGCUGCUGGGGAUGGAGGACACUGAAGAUGACGGAGAUCUUGAGGCUGAACUGCUGGCCCUCACUGGGGAAGCAGGGGCUUCAGGCAAGAAACCCACAACCAAGGGGCAGGCCCCCCUGCCUAUGGCCCACAUCGAGAAGUUGGCUGCAGACUGUAUGCAGGAUGUGGAGGAGGAGGAGGAGGAGGAGGAAGGGCUGGAGGAGGAUGCAGACUUGCUGACUGAGCUGCAGGAGGUCCUGGGUGCAGAUGAGGUGACUGGGCCCCUGGAUGGUGAUAAGACAGCUAGUCCAGGUGGCUCUGAAGAGGAGAAGGGACAGGAAGACACUGAAGCUCCAGUACAGACAGCUCUGCUAACAGCUUCGAUCCCAGCAGCUCAGGCUGGAGGGCCUCGGGGGCUGCAGGCUCUUCUGGAGGAUCGGAUCCACAACUACCGGGAGGCCGCAGCCAGUGCCAAGGAGGCAGGUGAAGCGGCCAAAGCCAGGCGCUGUGAGCGUGGCCUAAAGACUCUGGAGGCCCAGCUGGCUGCUGUGAGGAAAGGCAGGAAGAUCAGUGAGGAUGAGAUUCCACCUCCAGUGGCCUUGGGCAAGAGACAGCCUGUCCCCCAGGAAACAACUGACAGGAACCCAGAGGCGGAUGCCCCAGCUCCCUUCACCAUGGAGCCAGACAAGUCCUCCCAGAUGGAGACAAGCCUCUUGGGUGGUCCUGGCAUUUCUGCCCCACCUGAUUCAGACCCAGACCCACAGGCCCUGUUGUUGGCUCGACAGAGAGAGUACAAAUUGGCUGCCCUGAAUGCCAAGCGGGCUGGAGACCUAGACCGUGCCCGGGAGCUCAUGAGGAUUGGGAAGAGAUUUGGUGCAGUCCUAGAGGCCCUGGAGAAGGGACAGCCUGUGGACCUGAGUGCCAUGCCCCCCGCACCAGAGGAUCUGAAGCCCCUUCCACAGGCUUCCAGAGCUCUCACAGCACCCUCAGCUGUAUCCCCAGCAGUGGAGCGAGUGCAGCCAGUGAUGGCCUCAGACACUCCAGCAGCCCCAGGGGUCCCCGCUGAGCCACAGACGGUGCUGGAUGCCCUGCAGCAGAGACUGAACAAGUACCGGGAGGUGGGCACCCAGGCCCGGAGCAGUGGGGACGAGCGCAAGGCGCGGAUGCAUGAACGCAUUGCUAAGCAAUAUCAAGAUGCCAUUCGAGCACACCGGGCAGGACGGAGGGUUGACUUUGCCGAGCUGCCUGUUCCUCCGGGUUCCCCCCCCAUUCCUGGCCUGGAGCCCACCAUGGGCACCGAGGACGACGCAGUGGCAGCUACUUUAGCAGCUGCCCAGAAGCUGGUUUCCACAGAGGAUACAGCCCCAGCAGAGGAAAAUGAGGAUGAGGAUGAGUCCCCAGCCCAGGCCCCAGUGGCCAAGAAGCCAGUGAAGCCUGUGGUCCCUUCAUUCCGGGCCGUGCCUGAAUCCAAGGCCUCAAGUUCUAAGGAGUCAGUGAGUCCGUCUGUGCGGGAGCAGCUCGCAUUGCUAGAGGCACGGAAACUGCAGUACCAGCGGGCAGCGCUGCAGGCCAAGCGUGGCCAGGACCUGGAGCAGGCCAAAGCCCAUCUGAGGGUAGCCAAAUGCCUCGAGGCUCAAAUCACCCAGGUACGAGCUGGACGACCUGUGGACCUCUCCAAGGUGCCUUCACCCUUGACGGAUGAGGAGGGUGACUUCAUCCUCAUUCACCAUGAGGACCUGCGACUCUCCCAGAAGGCUGAGGAGGUGUAUGCCCAGCUACAAAAAAUGCUUCUGGAGCAACAUGAGAAGUGUCUGCUGUUCUCCAAGCAGUUCAUGCACCAGGGCAAUGUGGCUGAGACUACCAGGUUUGAGAAUCUCGCUCAGGACCGCAAGAAGCAGCUUGAGAUCCUGCAGCUGGCCCAGGCCCAGGGUCUUGACCCUCCCAGCCAUCACUUUGAAUUGAAGACAUUCCAGACUGUGAGGAUCUUCUCAGAACUCAACAGUACAGAAAUGCAUCUGAUCAUUGUCCGGGGAAUGAACCUCCCAGCCCCUUCAGGGGUGACUCCUGAUGACUUGGAUGCCUUUGUGCGGUUUGAGUUCCACUACCCUAACUCGGACCAGGCUCAAAAAAGCAAAACAGCUGUGGUGAAGAACACAAACUCUCCAGAAUUUGAUCAACUCUUCAAACUAAACAUCAACCGAAAUCACCGGGGCUUCAGGAGGGUGAUCCAAAGCAAAGGAAUCAAGUUUGAAAUCUUCCACAAAGGAUCCUUCUUCAGAAGUGAUAAACUGGUUGGCACAGCCCACGUGAAGCUGGAGCGGCUGGAGAAUGAGUGUGAGAUCAGAGAGAUUGUGGAGGUCCUAGAUGGAAGGAAGCCCACUGGGGGCAAGCUGGAGGUGAAGGUGAGGCUGCGGGAGCCUCUUAGUGGCCAAGACAUGCAAGUAGUCACUGAGAACUGGCUGGUCCUGGAGCCCAGGGGCCUGUAAGCGUCCGUCUCGGGAGAGGAGACAGGCCAGCGACUGUGUGCGGGAGCAUACUUUUCCCAGGCUUUGUACAUAAGGAAGAUGCUGCUACACAAGCACCAAAGAUCUGUGAAGUAUGUGCAUUACUGAUCACACAGCCCUGGCCUUUCCCGUUGCUGGCCCCUCCCUGGGCCUCUACCCCAGCAGGCUGGAUUCCAGGAGUCCCUUCCCCCUUCCACUGCCUCCCUUUCCAGCAGGGCAAAGGUAGCCUCAUUGCUCUGUGCCAUGGAGUCUUCUAUCCCCUUAACCUUGUGUAGCAACUGUGUGUAGCUUAACCCCAGCCCCCAGUUGCAACAUUUUUGGAUGUGCCUUUAAAAGAUCUAACUAAGGGAUGGGAGAACUUGAGGGUGAUCGGGAAUGCCCCCCCCGGCCUAGGGUGGGGGCAGGGUUCCGUGACUCCACUUGGUCAGUGGCAGCCUGUCCCACUCAACUCAGUUUACCCCAGCUGUGCCUGUGCCUUGGUUCCUGACUGCUGCUGCCCUAGCCUCCCUGCUUCCCAAAGCUCGCAGUAGAGGAGGGAAGGGACAUUCAGGAAUGUGGUGCUGGGAAGUAAGGGCAAGGAUGCAUCUCGGGUUUGGUCCAUGCACCUAAGACUAAACGACUGUUAACUGGAAGAAAAAAAAAAAAGAAAAAAAUAUAUAAAUAUAUAAUUUUAUCUAGCUGUUUUUAUUUAAGAAAGUAGGUCUAAUUCAUUAUGGGAUUUUACAUUCUAUAUGCAGAGUAACUAUCAAAGUCCUGAAUAAAAGCUCUAUUCCCUGUCACCUUUAAAAGGCAGAGUGGCAGUAAUGUUUGUUAAUUGACAGAAACUGCAGCUGUGGCUUCCUCUCUGAAGGAAGCGUAGGUCUUCUGCUGAUCACCUAGAGAAAUACCUUAGUUGCUUCCCAAGAAACUCUCCUUUGGCUUUUUCUGAAUGGAUGGAGACAACGGAGGGGUUUGUAGUUACAAUAGAUUUAGAUUUAAUAUUCAAAACUGCAAUAUUCUACAUGUCUUAGAAAUAAACUUCAACAUCUUUUUUUUUUCCUCUUCCUUUUUUGAAGCAUUAGGUUCUACAAAGCAUUCCUCAGUAUUUUUUAAAGGCUAUGAGUGAAGCAAAUACAUUCAGCUCACUGGUCACUAUGCAUAAGCACAGCUCAGGGUCUGAGCUGUUUGUGUCUUUCCAGGAUAGGGCUAGACCAUGCUUCCUGCCUUAAGAGCAGAGCUAUUCAUGGGUAACAGAACAGGAAUGACAAAGGACUUAUUUUCUAAAAGUUUUCUGGCCAGUCUUACCUAUCAGUGAACUACCAAAAUUUCUACAGAUGUGAGAGCUAACACUAAAUUGCAGUCAUAUCUGUGUGUCAAGCAGUAAUCUAGAAUGAAAAAGGUUGUUAUUAGCCUUUACAAGGUGGCCUAGAGCAAAGAGGGGUGGUCAGGAAGAUUCCUGCCCUAACCUAGUGUUCACCUAAGGGUUUGCACCCCACCCCAUGCUUACUAAGACAGUUGUGAUUAUCCUCAGAGGUUCUAACCAGGUUUAAGAGUUUUUAAAUUCACACCUCUGCUGGAAAUGCCCUAUUCUAAUUUGAUAGUAGUUUUCUGUGCCUCAGAGAUUUCCCUUCACAACCUGUUUAACAUCAGUCCAUUUUAUUACCCUUUGCUUUUGGAAAACAGAACCUCCAGGCUGAGAAAGGCAGACAAAGCCGCCCACUGGACUUGGAAACUGAGAUUCUUAAAAGGCCUUUGUUGCACCCAAAGCAUGCAGGGGUCAUGGCUGGUGGGAGGAGCCUGCCCAGCUUCCUUGUCCUAAGAUUUGUCUUAAUGCAGCUCCCAGACAUCAGAGAUCUGUGACUUAUGGGCAGUUGGGAAUAAGUCACAACCCAAAGAUCUUUACAUUUUAAAUUCUCUUUUUCAAUCUAGUGCAAGACGUAAGUUCUUCAGCAUUCAUGAACUGAAUAAAAUACGGGAGAAAUUUAUCUUUUUUUUGGAAAUUUAUCUUAUUAAAAGGGCAAAAUAUUUGUGACCUUAACAUCAUUUUCCUUUCUGAUAGUACCAUUGUGAAACCCACAUUGUUACUUCCAGAUGCUGAGCAUGUUUCCUAAAUAUUGUGGGUAGCUCCUAAAAGAUCUUGUCCCUUAAGGUAGCUCCUCUUAGGAUGAAACUGUGGGGCUGAAAUUCGUAGAGCCAGGGAGCUUGGACUUGGUCCAGCUCCAUCACAGACAGAUACUUCCUUCUUAGGGCCUCAGCUUCCCCAGCUCUAAAGUGGGCAUUAUCAUUCCUACUCUACUCUUCAGCCCUUCUGGCCACAUAUUCACUCCCUAAAAAUCUCAUUACAUUAUUAAAUUAGAAACCACUACCACAAACAUACUACAGAAACAAUGUUCAGCAGAUUGCCUGAUGACUGAAACACAUUAGAUGCAGAAAUUAUUCCCCAGGGAUUAGUUAUGAUAGAAGUCAGUUCAUUUGGAAAUUUUGGGCCCACCAGCAUUCAGGAACCAUAGUAGGUGAGGGAAGACACUAGAUGGGAGCCUACACAGGACAAAGUCCCAUAUUUCUGUAGCCCUGGAGACCAACAGGUGCUCAGAAUGUGUUGAUAAAAAUACCUGGAGAACCUACAUUGCCUAACAUUUGGUAAGAAUUCAAUCAAUAUUUUUAAAAUAUUUAGUAAGUUACCAGACUGGCAAUUAUUUUCUUUGUAAGGAGCUUUAUAGCUCAAUCUUUAUGUUCUAGAAAUAUUUCACUUAUUUAGAAAUGUGGGGUUUCAACCCUCUAUUUUAUAUCAUUCUUAUAAUACACAAUUUAUAGAAACAGAUAAAACAAGGGAAAAAAGUAAACCAGCUUUGGUAACUUUAUGCUCAGCUCCACAAGAUGAUUUUACUAAACAAAGGAUAUUUUAUACAAUUGAGAAUGGCCUUGACUAUGCAGGGCCAGAGCUUGUCCUUAGUGGAAUUCAAAAACUUGCACUGAUCCAAAAGAAACAGCUACAACUGCAGCAUGUACUGAGCAUGAAGGUAAACUCUCAUAGGAAAACGGAACCAGCUCCUGUAGAAGCUCUGAACUUCUAAGAUAUAUGUAGACCAUACUGGAUGUUAUACCCCAAACACAUGCCCCUAUUAAGUGUUUCCUGUUCUGUCAGGUUUGGUGGGUGAUGGUUCUGGGGUUAAGUCCUUACACGUUGGUGUGCUCUAGGCAUCUGCUUUUUUUUCCCUUAGAAGUUCUGAGUACCUCUGAGUCUCCGGGAACGGUCACAAUCACAGAGCUCUUUAGCUACCAUCAACAAAGCCUAUGGAGAGACAGAGGGUAGAAUGUGAAUCCUCCCUCCCCCCACCACCAUGGAAGAGGGAUGAACACACAUACAAGGCCAGGUCUCUGGGCCUCUGUUUGGAAAACUGCUCUGUUGUAGUUCCACAGCCUGUGACUGCCAAAUGCUAAGCCCAACUCUAGGUGCUGGAAAAGACUCUCACUGCCCCAGAGGCCUGCAUUAACUUCUAGGGGAUUUUUAGUGCUAUGCUUUUAGGGAUGGACUGACUCCUGUUUGGCCAGGGCUUCGAGAAGAUGGCAGUGACAAGGGAGUUGCCCUAGUCCAGUAUUUUCCAAACCAAGUUGUGAAAUCCAUUUGGUUCAUGACUAAAAACAAUUUUAACAGAAAAUGAUCACAUAUAUUACAUAUAUCAAGGGUAAACCGUAUUUUGGUUUCUGAUGCCACUCCUACUAAAAGAAAGCAUGGCUGAUUUGAAAGUUGAGGCAGGGUAAACAAGAUAAGCUGAGAACAUGUUCUUAGGUCAGAAAAGGAAGUGUUCAAAAAGAAAAUGGUAGGAGCAUAUCACAAGGAUGUAGGAGCUAGCUUGAAGGGGCUCUCUCUGGCCAAAGCUGAGACCAUUUGAGCACCAAAAUAAUGAAUUAGAGCUACUCAAAAAGUGAUCCAUGGGUCCACAAGGAAAAUUAAAUGAAUGAAUAGGAGAAGAGGAAGGGCUUUUGCUUACAGAUGACCAAGCAUAACUGCUAAAGAAUGCCAGGAAUGCACAAACUGAUUCUAAUUAUGAGAAAGCACAAAAUGAGGCAUUCUCUAUUAAAAAAUAGGAUGGGGGAACCUAUACUCACCACAAAUACUGAUGCCAUAAAGGUGAGUCAGGGCAGCUACUUGCUGAGUCUGAUCCUAGGCUGGAAGCUUUACUGGACAGAAAAUGCUCCGAAGGAUGUGACUGGACAGAUGCUAGGUUCAAAGAUCCUAUUAAUAUUAAAUUGACUGAAGUUGCAGUUAUGCAGGAUAACAUUAUUUUUAAAGAAUUAAACAUUAUUGAGGAGUAUAUGACUAUGAUAUAUGCAACUUAUUCUCAAAUGCCUUAGUCUAGGGAGAAGGAGAAAGAGAAAGCUAGAGCAAAUGAGGCAAAAUGUUAAUAUGUACAUAGGAGAAUCUUGGUAAAGUGUAUGUAGGGUUAUUUUAUCUGCAAUUUCCUUGAAAGUUUAAAUUAUUUCUCAAUAAAAUAUUUUUAAAAUGCCUCUAGUGUAGAACUAAAACUGCCUUGACUGUAUUCUGUCAGUUUUCACAGAAAGGCCCACUUCAAUGCCUGCCAUUCACUCGGGCAGAUGCUGAGCAGUCCUGAAUUCAGCUCUGCUAUCCCAGUGACCUCACUUACACUGAGUCGCCCUCCUUGGAUGGAAGAGAUGAUCCACUGGAUCUCUGAUUCACUUCAGUGAAUAAUCUGAUAAAAAACAAACAAAAAUCUAGGUGUGAAUUCUACGUGAAGU